GCCAGAUAUAUAAAUCAGUUAAAGUUGUAGAUGUAAAUUACUGCCAUUUACCCAAACUCUUCCCUCAGAGUUGCUAUGAUUCAUCUCCCUCCAAACUUUUGCUUUCUUCCACAGGCUGGGCUGGAGCAACGCUUAGCCAAUACCAAGAAGAAAGCCUCCCAGAUGGAGAAAUUGUUACCCAAACAAAUCAUUAACAAGGACCAGAGGGAGGUGCUGAGGCUUCUCUGUAAAGCUCAUGAGCUGGAGGUGGAGAACACAGAACUUCAAGCAAACAACUUGUACCAGAAGAACCUCUUGUGCCAGAAGGAUUUUGUGAUUCAGCGCUACCAUCAGCACAGGCUUCUCUGUGAGGAAAUCAUCCAGCAGCAGAGAGCGCUGAUAAAGGGUAACUGGAUUCCUGUAGCAGAACCACUGGAAAAGAGAUAUCGACUUUACUCACAAGAAUUAGAGGAGGGGACCUUAAAUCGUCUACUUUUGCUCCACUCUGUGAUGUUUAACUCCCUUAGGGAUGGUUCUGUUCUGAAUAUAGCUCAGCAGAUGGAGCUGCAUAAGGAGGAUACCAGCAGAGACCAGCUUGACAAUAGGAAAGACCUUCCUUGGGGAGCAAAAUUUGAACUUCCACCUAUCGUCAUAGAACCGGACAGUGAAGGGUACAAGUCAUCAAAAGCUACUCCAUCUAAAAAACCAGGAAAGCGAGAUUCUCUUCUCACUCCAACUUCCUUUCGCCUCCUGAUAACUCCACCAGUACAUGAGAAAUCCAAUUCUCUCAGCAUGAAAAAGAUGGUCUCCAAGUUGUGUUCUCCCACCAGUUUGGAUUUAAACAUGAAAAAAUUGGGUGAGGAUGUGCCUGCUACCUCACUGAGUGCAGAGGCCUUGAAGGAGAUAGCAGUGAGUACCAAGAGCAUCUCUCUCAUCGCGGCCAGCAGGCGCUCCAAGACCCAUGAUCAAGAAAGUGGAAGCAGCCUUUCUGUGAUGCAGUCCCUUGAUGAGGGGGCAUCAGAACCAAAGUACUGGAAGCCCAAUCUCACUCCUGACCUGACAGAGUCACAGAGGAAAGCUCAGGCUGACAGGAAGCAAUUGCACUCUAGUCCUAGGAGGGGAAGACAGAGAAACAGCUCGCUGGAACGGAGAGCCAGGAGGAAAAGAUCUCCCUCUGGUAUUAGAAAUGCUCAAAUGGGAAAUGGGAAGUUCUCAAUUCCCAUGAUAGACCACCCUUCUGAAAAUCAGUCACCACAAAGUCACUCCAUGCAACAUUCUAAGGCCACUAAGACCCUGUUUCCUGCAGUUCCUGUGGCCACCAAGACCAAAUUCCCCACCAAUCACCACACAGAUGAAAACACACUGCAGGUACCUGAAAUCAGCUUCACUUUUCCCAGUGCCAUCUGGCAAUCCAAUCCAGGACAGAACCGAGGAUCAGUUCUCCCCAGAGAAGUCAAAGGGUCUGCAGAGAGUAGCAGCAGCCAUCAUAACUCCUUGCAUCCUGGAAUCACUCGAAAGCAACUGGGAGGCAGUGCAAAGAAACAGGGGAGACCAAAAUAAAAUGCCCAUUCUGAAGAAGGACAGCAGCUCCAAGGAGAAACUAGUAUAAACAAAGCUUCUCUUUUUUUUGCUUAAAUGGAUUUGGGGAAAAGAGGGAGGAGACAGUGAAACUUGGAAGGCCCAUCAAAUUUUCAUUUCUGUCAAUCCUCUCCAUAAAAGAAAAAACAAAAAACAAAAACCACUUUUUUUUUUGCCUUUUAAAGACCAAGUUAGUGAUUGUCCAUUGACAAGUUUUUAAAGAAAGAUGUAAUCUUUGAUACCUUUCCUCUCCUCCUCCCCUCCCCCCAGGCUUCCAAGCAGCAAUAUUCAGAGUUUUGUUUAGGGUCUGGUCAAUUGACCCCAUAAGCUAAAACAUUCCUGUCAGCAGGUAGGAAGAAGAGGCCAAGGUACUUGUAUUUUCUAGGUGCUUGAGUGAGAAUAGCUGUUUACUUAGUCACAAUACUUUUCUUCUUCUUCCUUGUCCCACAUAUGCCCCUCCUUCAUUUUUAUUUAAUAUCGUAGAUAGAGAGUUGGACUUAAAAUCUGCCUCAAAAAUUUACUAGCUAUGAAACUCUGGGCAGGUCACUUAAUGUCUUCUGUGUCUUUGUUUUUUUAAUCUAUAAAAUGAAGGAGCUGGACAUGAUGAGCUCUAAGAUUCUUUCGAACUCUCAAGCUAUGAUUCUGUUCUCUUAUAAUGUCUGUUUCCCUUCCCUUUUUCCCCUUUACACAAAAACUCUCCAAGAUUUGGGGAGAAGAAAUCAAGAGGAGUCCUCCCACAGGAAUUUUCUCCAAUCCUUGAAUAAUUGUACCCCUACCCUUCCUUCCAUAUAUUACCCUAACUCCCAAAGACCUUUUCUUCUAGGAAAAAGAAGGCAGUGAAGUUCUCCAUUUUAGGGAUAUGGAAGCCUUCUCUCUUUUCUGUGUAGGAAAUUAGCUUUUCUCAUGGGAAAUGUAAGUAAAAAUGACUUGGGCAGAGAUCUGGUACUUUUACAUGAAAAAGUAUAUCAGAGCUCUGGAUGAAACUUCAGAAAACAAUUUAUACCAUGUCUGUCUGAUAAAUUAUACAUUUUUCUUUUUAAGGGUAAGAUUUCCAAUCAUAUAGAGGGAGACAUAUUUUGUAAAUCAAUAUGGGGGAGGGAGAUGACUACAGGCUUUUGUGUUUUAUAACACCAAAUGUAAAUAAAAUAUCAGUUGUUUUCACUGAAA